UCUGAUUAAAACCAUAUCGCUCGCUGUGAGUGGCUAACUAAUCUGAAGGCGAGAGCGCAACCGAAUAUUUAACCGGGGCCCCGGUCCCAGCCAGGCUACCGGCUGCGGUCAUCGGAUCAUGCACGGAGCGGCACGGAUCUAGCCUCCUACAGUAAACAUAACUGGCCAUAGUCCCAUCAUGUCGACUGAAGCUGAAACUGCUGCCACCAACAGCCAGCCUGAACAACAGGCUCCACCAAAGGCACAAUCUUCAAAGAAGGAAAAAAAGAAAGGGCCAGAAAAAACAGAUGAAUCUCUCUUGGCUAGAUUCAAAGGUGAUGGUGUAAAAUACAAAGCUAAACUGAUUGGCAUAGAUGAUGUUCCUGAGGCAAGAGGAGACAAAAUGAGUCAGGAUUCAAUGAUGAAGCUGAAGGGAAUGGCAGCAGCAGCCCGUUCCCAGGGUCAACACAAACAGAAGAUCUGGGUAAACAUCUCCCUCUCUGGCAUCAAGAUAAUAGACGAAAAAACUGGGGUGAUAGAGCAUGAGCAUCCAGUAAACAAAAUCUCCUUUAUUGCUCGGGAUGUAACAGACAAUCGUGCCUUUGGCUAUGUAUGUGGAGGAGAAGGCCAGCACCAAUUUUUUGCCAUAAAAACAGCCCAACAGGCCGAGCCUCUGGUUUCUGAUCUUAAGGACCUCUUCCAACUAAUUUAUAAUAUGAAGAAGAAGGAAGAAGAAGAAAAGAAAAAUAAUGAUGGUGAAGAACUGCCUGCUGAUCAAGCUGACAAAAUGAAACCGGGAGUUGACCAGAUGGACUUGUUUGGGGAUAUGUCAACACCCCCUGAUAUGAGCAGUCCCACAGAAGCUAAAGAGAUCCUGUUAGUGGAUUUUAAUUCUGAAAUUGAGACCAAACAAACCUUUGCAAAAGAGGAUCUCUUCUUGAAUGGCAUCACAGCCUCUCUUCCACAACCAAAGGCACAGCCACCCUUCUUGCCUGAGAAUUCUUUCUCCACCAAUCUCAGCUUCUUUCCUACACCUAAUCCAGACCCUUUCAGUGAUGAUCCUUUCACACAGCCGGUCCAAUCUGCACUAUCUUCAUUUGAUUCUCUAAAAUCUGAUCAGAAGAAAAGUCCAACUACCUUGACAUCAGGGGGUAAUGGUGAUCCAAAUGGUGAUACUGACUACUUUGAUAAACAGUUUGACCAGAUUUCUAAUAGAACUGGCAAACAAGAAGCACUAACAUGCCAGUGGCCACUUGAGAGUAAGUCACCUGCAGCAAGAAUUCCCAAUGUGAUACCAGAGAGAGAAAGGAAUGGCUUUCCUGAAGCCCAAACAAACCUUUUUCUGGAAGGUGCUUCCAAAGGAACAUCUCUGCAGAAUGGAGUAAAACUGGAUUCUGAAAACAAUAUCCAACUCACGCCACAUGAGCCUAUAACAAUUAGCCCACCACCACAGAGUACCAAGCCAGGAAGAGGAAGGAGAUCAGUCAAGACUGCAUCGGAUGACUUGUUCAGCUCAGACUUCUUUGUGCCAUCUACAGAGAGCCUUAGCUUGAGCUCAGGGGCACAGGCAGGAGCUUCGCUGACUAACCCGCUGGACCUCUUCACAAAAAGUUCUACCACAGCAUCUCCAUUGGCUGCUCUAGGUGGCUUGCCAGUAACUUCAUCACCAUGGACCCCACAGACAGUUUCCUUCACUCAGGCUACAUCAGUCUUUCACGGGUCUAUGAUGCCUGCUCAGUCUCCAGGAUUUACUCAACCACUUGUCUUCGGUACUCAAACAGUGCCAGGCUGGAACCAGUCUUCAUCUUUUGGAGCCACCCCCACUCAGUCUUCUGGUCUGUGGUCACAGCCAGCACAAGUUACUCCUAGUUCUUGGGCACAGCCAACCAGCGCUGUGAAUCCCUUCCAGAGCAGCAUGUUCACAUCUCCACCACUACCAGCUCAGACAGCCUCAGCACUGCCCUCCCUGUCAACAGCAGCCAGCCCACCCCAGCCGCCACCCAGAGCUGCAGUGCAGAAGGAGCUGUCCAAGAAAGAGAGUGAUGCAUUCAUUGCUCUGGAUCCACUUGGAGAUAGAGAAAUGAAGGAUGUCAAGGAAAUGUUCAAAGACUUCCAGCUGACAAAGCCACCUGCAGUACCAGCAAGGAGAGGAGAACAGCAAAGCCUUUCAGGUGCUUCUGGAGUUCCCAGCAGUUACUGUAGAAGUAAAAGCCACCAAAGCCUGUUCCUCAACAAAGUGCGUUGCCAGCUGAAGGCCUGUUUGAAAGUCAAGAUAAAACAGACCCUUUCAGUGCCUCAUCUAAGGAAUCUCAGAAUCCACCUUCUGGUCCUUUUGAUGAUCAAUUUGGCAACCCGUUUGCAUAGAUCAUGUGUAACCAGAAAAGGACAAAUGGAAUAACUGGACCUCUUCUCAACGUGAUUUUUCUACGUGUUUCACUUUGCUGUCUGCUAUUCUUGCUGAUGUUUCAUGAUGUCUGCAUUCUAAAAUGUAUCCAGGUGGAUUGAAGCAUGGACCCUCAAAGAGCAUGCUGUGAAGAUGAUAAUUCAGGGCAAAGCAAAUGGGGAUAUUGACUCACGCUGAAAACCCAAAUUCAAAUUGGUGGAUGUUACCUUUACUUUAGUUCUUUGCACUUCUCUACAGAGAGUUUGGCAGCACUGAGUAAUGUGUCUUGUCAUUUCCCUUUACAUAGCACUUACUGUCCCACAACAGAGGAACUUAAUGUACCUAGGGGAGAGGUGGUGUCUUUGCAUAAGGGUAUAGAAUUAGUAGCUGAAACUUCACACCUUAAACAACUAGGUCAGUUGCCCAUUGUGACAGCAGUAGCUAGUUGUAAAGUUAAGUGAAGGCUACGGAGUUCUAAUUGGUGACUGGACAGGUGACUUGGUCUCUUAGCCACAAAAAUGUAACUGUGUAGAGGAAAAUAAUCUAAUAUUGGUCUAUUUCACUAAAAGUAAAAGUAUCAUUCCACCAUAAAUGUGUCAUUAAGGGACUGCGGAGUCUGUAACAGCACUGCUGAAGCCCUGAGUACUAGAGGCCUACACUGUAAGCUGGAAAACUUCUUGCGGAACAUUUAGGUAGCUGUGGACACUAACUGUUGUCUUGGUGCUAAUAUGGCAGUUUUCAGGGAGGGAAAAAUACUAGGAUUACUUUCCUAUUAAGGUGGCUUGGCAAACAAAUGAAACAAGCAGGUAGGGUUCUUGCUUAGAUCUCUGUGAAUCCCUGAUGUGCUCAGUUUGAUUUGUCACUUGGUGUACUGGGGUAUGUUUCCAACAUGCUGGAAAACAAAAACACCAACAUGGCUUCACUCCACACAUAGACUCCUUGUGAACAGAUGCACCACCCACCACCUCUGUGCCAUUAAUGUGAGGUAGUACUCAUCUCUUGGAAAACUUGCCUUUUCUCAAGAGCCUUUUUACUAAAAGGUUUUGGAACCAGUUAAACUGCCUGUGACAGCUACAUUCCUGGCCAGUGGUGAUGACUGAUGUGUCAGCAGUUUUUCUGUUCAGUAUAAACUUGAAAUGUUAUUGUUAAAUCAAAUGCCUAAGCCAUUGUUAAACUGGAGAGCUAAGAAAGUCAACUUGAAUACCGCCUUAGUACCAAAUUCAGCCAGUCAUGCAAUUAGUCUUGUAUACAAACUUCUCUUGCACUUUCUGUAAUGCAAAUUUUUUUAAAAAUUAAAAAAAAAAUCACGAAUUUAAGUAUUUGUCUCAAACUGGAAAUGUAGAAACUUAUUGAUGUUACACUGUUAUGUAAAACUGUAGUACCUGUUACUUAAUGGCAUUAAAAAGCAACUCUUCAUACCAAAUGAA